AUGUUUUAUGUGUUCUUGUCUUUUGCCAGCAUAAUCGACAUUGUUUUGUUUCUAUAUUCAUUCAUUUUUUGUUUCUUUCAUUUUUCUUCCUUUUCUACUUUUAAUUCUUCCUUCCUUCACACGUCUCUUUUCUUUUUGUUUUCUUCAUUCUUUCUUCUCAUUCUUUUUUCAUUAAUUCCUUUCUUAAUUUCCUUUCUUUUUCCAUCUUUCCCUAUUUUUUCGUUUAUUCUUUUUUCGUUCUUUCCUUUAUACUUUCAUUCCUCCAUUUGCUCUUUUUUCGGUCGUUUCUUUUUAUUUUUUUCCUUUCCUCGCAUAUUUCAGUUUAUUUUCCUUUCUCUUCGCUUCAUCCUUUCCUUUUUUUUAUUUCUUUAUUUGUUCGUGUGUUUGUUAUUUCUUUCUUUCUUUCUUUCUUUCUUUCUUUCUUUUUCAUUUCAUCUGCAUACUUUCCUUGGCACACAUUCUUAUAUUGCUCCUUUUUUCUCUUCAUAUUUUCUUUAUUCUUCUCCCUUUUCUUCUUUCUUUUCCUCGUUUAUUCUUUCUUUCUUUCUUUCUUUCUUUCUUUCUUUCUUUCUUUCUUGCUUGCCUGCUUGCUUUCUUUCUUUCUCUUUGGCUUUUUUAUUUCCAUUUAACGCCUGCUUUUUUCUCUUCUUAUUUUCAAUUCUUUUUUCUUUUCUUCACCUAUUUCUUCAUUUCUUUUUCAACUCAACCCCAGGCCUCUUUUCCGCCAUUUCACACUUUGGGCCCUAA